GUCCAAACUCCGGGGUUCUUUUUCUCCUUAAAAUUCCAAAUUAGCCCUCCCCUCCUCCUUCUCCCGAUAAUUAAAUAAUCGAAAUGAGUCCGUACAAAAUUACGGGUUUGCUUUGCUUUUUUGCUUCCCUUUCUGAAAUUUGAUUCUCAAAUAGUGGAACUAUCUGAGUGUCUAAAUUCAAGAAUUAGACAUUUUUAGGGCUCAACAUUUUCAAAAAUUCCCAAUUUCGCACGAGAGAGCUCCAAGAGUGAAAUUGUGGAGUUGGAGAAAAGAGUGGCGGAAUUGGAUUUUUUGAAUCUCAGAUUUGAAUAUUACAGAGAGAGAAAGAGGGAAAAAAAUAUAAAGGUUAGGGUUUUUGGAGGAAGAAGAAGAUGACGGAGGUGGUAUUGCAUAUUUACGAUGUGACGAAUAGUGGAUCCGAGAAAACGAACAACACCAUUGUUCAGAUCAAUAAGAUCUUCAAGGACGGGAUUGGUCUCGGUGGUAUUUUUCACAGCGCCGUACAGGUUUUUGGUGGGGAUGAAUGGUCAUUUGGGUUCUGUGAACAAGGAUCUGGCGUUUUUAGUUGCCCUGCGGGAAAGAAUCCAAUGUAUUCCUACCGUGAAGCCAUUGUCCUUGGAAAAACAAACUUUCCGAUUUUCAAGGUCAAUCAGAUCUUGAGGGAGCUUAGUAGAGAGUGGCGUGGAGAUUCAUAUGAUUUACUUUCGAAAAAUUGCAAUCACUUUUGUGAUGAAUACUGUGAAAGGCUUGGUGUGCCAAAGCUUCCAGGUUGGGUGAAUCGUUUCGCUCAUGCUGGUGAUGCUGCCAUGGAAGUUGCAGGAACCACAGCAUUACGGUUUAGACAAGCAAAAACAGAGAUUGUGACAGCAAGCAAAGUGGCAUAUCGUUUUCUCUUGGGUGUUUCCAACAAUGUUGCAGCUUCUACUGAAUCCUCUGGAAAUUCAAACAGAGGCUCCCCUAGAUUUCAAGGUGCUUGGUUUAAGAACCUGGUUACAAAUGGUGCUAAACCGUCAACAAGUUCAGAAAUUGAGAAUCAAGAAGAGGAUGUUCGCCAGCAACAUCCACAUUUAGCUUCAAUGUCACCGCAGCGGCAAAAUUCACAGUCACGACAUGACAUCUGAAUGUUAGUAUGUAAAACAUGCUUGUUAUGUGAAGUAGCUGAAACCAUGCAUAAAUUCUUGACUUUUGUUAUUCAUUUGUGUAUGAAUGUAAAAUUUUCAUUUAUUGUUUUAACUGAAAUCUACUUAUAGAUGCCCCCAAGAAGCUAAAAGCCAAGGUACUUUAUUAGAUUUGUUCUUAUAGUGCGUGUAUAUGGGACGCUACCAAAUGUUCCUUCUAAAUCGAUGUCAAUGUUUUUGAUAA